CUAGUUAUUUUGAAAAAAAAAACAUGGCUCACGUGCAUUCUAUUGUUUUGUGGUCAAAAGCAUUUCUAAAAAUAGAACCAAGCCAAUUUUAAAAGUACAUGUUGAAUAGUAUUUAAAUUGUAUUGAAAUGUCUCAGUUAUCUUUUCAAUUCAAUUAAUCAAUACAUAUCAUUCCACAAUUAAUUAAAAUUUCUCCCGUAAUGUUAGUUAAUAUACUUUUUCAAAAUCCUGCGGAAAUCUUUUCCAUGCUAAACCAUUCCAUACAAGGACAACACUUGAAUUGACGUCAAUACUUAUAGUAUGGGUGUGGAUCACAAAUUUCCAAUUGUUGAAUACAAAGCUGGUGGAAAAAAAACCAACAGAAUGCAAGCACUUUUCAUCUUAUUGUGCUGCUUAACAUCUUAUUUAUGUCACGCUUACUCAUAUCCGAUAUUUGGAACUACACGAUUUCAAAGGGCACCACAAUAUCAGGCAGCUCAAUAUUAUAAUGUUCCCAAUGUAUACAACGAUCCUAAUUUAGAAAAUGCAUACUACUUUCCAAGACAUGAAAGUGGAUUAUUCGGACUGCCUACAUAUGAAGGCGAAUACAACCCAACUCCUGUUUAUUAUGCACAAGGCCCAAGUUAUAGCUAUUUAGACGAUAAAGAUUCUAAUAUGAAUCCAAUGGACGAUUUGCACGAAGAAAUAAUGCAGGAAGAAGCUAUGGAUCGAAGGGAAUUUGGUCCCAUUGGACAAGAAAUUUGGUAUGAGUCACCAAGUCAUACAUCGGAUUCUCUUUCAAGAGCUAAUGCAGCAUUUUUAAACAAUCUGAUGCUCUACCAACGACAAUUUGGUGGUCCUAAAAUAGAUGUUAAUAAAGAUUUUGAAGACAAAUCUGAAAACUCCAACUAUGACUACGAUUACGAUGAUCGAAUGGGAGACAUAAAUUGGUUCGAUUCCUUGUCUCAUCAAAAAAAUGACGCUGUAUCUGUUCCUUUAUAUAAAAACUACAUUGAUGAAAUCAAUUCUGACAAGGAAGUUAAGCAGCUGAAAGAACUGGUAGAUAAACAUAGAAGAGACCAUGAUACGCUCUAUGCAUUGAACAAUAAAUUACAUAGUAAUUCGAAUCAACAAGCAGAAAUAGAGGAUGAAUAUGAUGAAUGGAUCAAUUGGGAUAAAAAACGAAGUACAAUACCAAAAAAAGUAUUUCAGGAAAAAACAAGUAAUGUUGAUAAACCAGUGCUGGCUAAGCCUUCAUUAAAAAAUGUUUUAAAAACUACAACUACACAAAAACCUAUGAUGAAGGCAUUAACUAAAGCAAUUGAUGGACAAAAGGAGGUUGUUUUACCGAGACCGGCAAAUCCUGUAAGAAUCCCUUUCCGUCAACUGUCUUUUGACGAAAAGCAGCAAAAACUUCAAAAACCAAAGCAAUUAAUAACGGAACCAAAGAAAGAAAAUAAUAGUCAAAGUAAUCAUUCUUCUGGUGCGAUUUACGAUACUAUAAAACACAUUUUAAGGUUGGAAAAAAAUCUUGAUAAGAGUCCUAAACAUGUGCAACAAAAAAGGUACGUUUUAAAUGAAAGCGCUUUGGUACAAGAACUAAAUACCCUUAAACGACGGGCAGCGUAAUUUAUUAUUUGUACAUGAUUUAUUAAAUCCUUAAGUUUUAUAUAAAAAAAAACAAAACGUUUACAAAUAUUUAUAAUAAAACGGAAUUUUCCUUCACUGGUUGAGACUGAAUUUAUCUUGUUAUGUGUUUAUAACAAGAAGAGAAUCUAAUGACUUACUUACGUUUAGGUUAUUCAAUUUUAUUUUCAAAUGCUUUGUUGUAUACUAAUUUAACAGUUAAACUUUCAAAUUUAAACAUGACAUAAAAAACAAAUCGAGCUGACAAAAUGAAAAUGGAGCAGAAUUCCCUUUCGGAAUUCAUAACAAAGCAUUGUAAAAUAAAAUGAAUGCACCUCAAUAAAAAAAUAAUGUAAAUAUAUAAAUAUUCAAUUGAAGCUUGUAAAUAAAUGUUAUUGGAACCUGUAUAAAUACUUGAUCUCAAUUAAAUGUUUGUAAAUAUUUCUAAUAGGUACUAUAUUUUAAAAUAAUAUAAAUUCGAAAACUACUUUUGAAAAAACCUCGAGUAAAAAUCUAAUAAUUAUAUGCUGUAAUUCAUUAUUUUCGUUUUUUAUGAAAUAUUCGUAAAAAUUUUCUAAUAGGGAUAUUAUGGAACCAUAUCGUUCUAUUAGUGAAUUUUUCGGGGUUUAUAUGAUGAAUGCUUCAUUUUCUUUCAAAAUAAGAAAGAUUUUGAACCAAUCAUGCUUUAGAAAAAAGUCUCACAAAAAGAGAAUAGGAAUUUUGGUAAAAUAUCAGGAAACAAAUAAUAUCAUUUAUGAAUGAUCAUAGUUAUUUGACCGUUGACCGUACUUUGCUCGAAUAAAAAAACUCAUAAAACGACACAAAAUAAAAUCACUUUUUGUAUUUCAUCAAUAUAAGAACUUUGUAUAAAUAUAAAAUUUACAAUGACAGAUGUUAACUUGAAUUAUAUAAAAUGUAAAAAUUCAAUUACAAACGAUAAAUAUCAUGAAAAGAGUUACCUUAUACGUUACAAUAAAAAUAUCCACACAUAAUG